CCGACCGAAGUGGAACUUUUUGCAGUAUUCAAAGUCACGGCGGGAUGCAAAACCUCGAGUAAACUUUGGAACAGGAAUGGUUCUAAGCUGACGACAGGCGAUCAUGUUGACCCUGUGGACAUGAUAUAGCCGUGGCAUAAACCACGGUGUGGGUUACACGAGGCGACAGACGGAUGACCUGCCGGACAGCUGACAUCAUACUGACCAGCGUGUCCGCCAUGCCACACCGCUCGCUGACCAACUCGAGUUACUCAUCUCUGGUCCCAAAUCGUCUUUCCUGCUCUAGUCAGACCACAAACACGCACAGAAGGGCUACUUAAACAUUUCCUGACCAGCAACUUUUCCACAGAAAGCGUAAAUUUUCCACAGAUUGGACUUGAAAGCAGGCGACAGGGAGUAUCACACAACGCGCACAAGAUGUCGGAUAUUUUAUCAGAGGAGCAGAUUGCCGAGUUGAUGCAAGUGUUUUCUCUGUUCGACAAGGAUGGCAGCGGCUGCAUUACCACAAAGGAGCUAGAGGACGUCAUUCGGACGCUGGGCCGCGAUUUAACGUUUCCAGAGAUUCAGGACAUGAUCAGUGAGAUGGACGCAGACGGCAGCGGGUGCAUCGACUUCCCAGAAUUCCUCAUGGUUAUGGCGCGAAAACAGCGGGAACAAGACAACGAGAAGGAGAUCAGAGAAGCCUUCAGGGUCUUCGAUAAAGACGGCAACGGGUUCAUCACCGCCUCUGAGCUGAGGGUGGUGAUGGCGAACCUGGGAGAGAAGCUUAGCGAGGAGGAACUGGAGGCCCUUAUAGACGAAGCAGACAUAGACGGAGACGGGCACAUAAACUAUGACGAGUUCUAUUUGAUGAUGAAGCCCGGUGCCAAUUGAAUUAGGUUUUAUCACAGCAUCAGAGUUGCGGGUAGUGAUGGCGAAUCUCGGGGAGAAGUUGAGCGAACAGGAGGUUGACGAGAUGAUUGACGAGGCAGACAUCGACGGAGACGGACACAUCAACUACAUGGAGUUCUACCACAUGAUGUCCAACUGCAAACAAUGAAAUAUCAACACGAACAUGCAGAUAGACACUGGAUGGUAUAAGAGAGUGGGUGACUAUUAUAUAGUACGUCUCGGGUCUUACAUUGUACUUCAAGUGUCUGCUUGGACAGUUCAGGAAGGCACCUUAAAAUUUCAUCUGAUCAUGAGAUACAACAACGACCGAUGGUGGCAUCCAUCUUGAGGGUGUAAAGGGGCUUUCCAAACCGCUGGAUGCAGCAGGAAAAAAGACAUAAAAGAUCUAGACCCAAGCAUCAUUUACAGUAACUCCAACAAUACCCACAGAUCCUGGACAUGAAGGCCUCUCAAAGCUAAAGAACUGUAAAUUCUCUCCAUGGAACUUUGGCCAUGUAUAUUGAUUACAUGAGAAAUUUUAGAUAUAAAAGAUAUAAAAAGAUAUAAAAGUAAUGGUGUCCCUUGGGGUACGGUAGGACUGUAUUUGGUGAUCGCGUCAGUUAGCUUUUGAUACAUGUAUGGAAUGGUUUUAUCACGGAACUGGUCAUUAUAUACGUUGAACAGUAAAAAUAUAAAUCAAGUCAUUACUUUGCGUGUCCAUAACCAUGAUCUUGCUUGAUUCUAAAAACAACCAUAACAGUGUAUUUUGCACAAUCAUAUCAGAUCUCCAGAACUGAGGGUAGUUCUAUGCCUGAAUGAGUUAGGUUCAGGCAGGGUUCUGGAUAGUCACUGUGUAUCCAAUAACGAAUAUCCCAGUUCUGGAUAUUCGUAAACUAUCCAAAAACCAUGCCUGAUCAUUUCUGGAUUCCUGAGUAUGGUUCUGGAUACAACACCCAUCACUCCAAAAUGAUCAACCAGUCCUCUCAUGUUUGCCACGCAAUCCAAAUGUAUGGGGUGUGGAGGAGGUAAUUAUCACCCAGCUAAGGUAGAAUCAUUUCUUACAUGGACCCAUUGUAUGUAUCACACUAAUGAUUUUGGGUUGUGAUAUAGAAAAUAGAAAUGAACAGGUCAUCUAGUCUUCCUCUCUAACUUGUACCUCUCCGAGAAUUGUCAGUGUAGCAAGUAUCAUGUACCUGUCCUUACUGUCCCAGAGUCAAUGACAAUCAUGUAAGAUAUCAUGUUGAACAGUACUCAUUAAACUCUUAUUGUUCUCUUUA